GCCGCUGGUAAAGGAGGAUUGUACAGAUCCGAGUUCAUGUGGUCAAGUUCUUCGAUACAGUCUAGUUAUACGCUUGCGAAGGGAUAUCAGAGGCAUAAUUAUGUAAGGUGGUCAUCGUGGUGUAACAACUGCUACGCCACGAAUCUUGGAAGUUGCACCGACAUGCAGCUGCGGGGCAGCAUUCGCUCAGCUCCACUUCGUAACAGGCAACCGCCAACAGCCUGGUAGACGCCAUCUGUGCACACCGAAUCUUUCCUGUCGACCAGAAGCCAAUUCUCGGAUGGAACCCAUUUCGCUCGUAACGGUAGUCCCGGGGCUAUUGAAAAUCUGUGCAGAGUUCAUCGCGUUCAUCUCCACCGCGGUCGAUGCACCUAGCACUGCGCGUGACGUGGUCGCUGAAGUUCAGGCGAUGCUCGGCAUCUUCCGGCUGCUGAACAAUUUCAUAGUCCAUUUCGACGAACAAAGCGUGGACCAGAAGUCUAGAAUCCGUGCCGACGAUCUGCUCUUCGUUUUGACGGACUGCUCCACGUUCAGCGCCUGGGACCGGCUCAAGUGGGCGGCGAAAGACGGGGAUAUCGCGAAGAUAUUACAGCGCUUUCAAAGCCAAAAAACAUCUCUGAAUACUUUAUUGUCGGUUCAUACAUGCUCGUCAGCUCUGCAAGCGCAGCGCGAGAGGGCGGAAAUGAAUGCUUCCAAAACGACAUUUUUGCAGGAAAACCCGCAUAUCGCGAAUCGCAUGGCACCAGCCACUUCCUUUGAGGAUAACGCCGACGUAUUCUCUGUCCGCUCCAGAACUGUGAUUCACACCGCAGCAUCCGGGGGAGCGGAUACCUCGCCCGGAGAUAAUGACGACGUAUCCUCUGUUAGUUCUAAAUCUUCAGCCCUCUCCACCAGAUCUGAAAGAUUCUCUCAUAGAUUCUCAAUCGAGUUUGAGCGGUCUCUAGUUCAAAGUCGGGUCUACAGAAACGCGUCCAGAAACUCGUCAAACGGCUCGUUCAUGAGCAAUCAAACAUCGGAUUCAAGAUGGUCUCAUCUCACCGGACUGAGCAUGACCCAGAUAUCAACCAUAUCGGUCGUCUGUCUUCCAGUAUACAGUUCCGAGCUGAGCAACGGCCAUAUGUACCAACAGGAUCGGGUGAUACCUGGUGGCAAUGUCACGGGUGGCGGUCUCGCAGUAGCUCAACUUCAACGGCUGCGGAUGGGAGGCGUCAGACCCACCACCACAAUUCGGCAUGGCUUGACGCCCGUGAGCGAACGGGGCGAUCUUUUACAUGUUGCGGCUGGCAAGGGUGACAACGUCGGUGUCGAUAUGCUGGUGAAAACGCUGGGUAUUGAUAUAGAAUCGCGAGACACUAAAGGCUAUACGGCGCUGCAUCGCGCGGUCCUUGAGGGGAAGAGUGCUAACGUCCAACUACUACUCGACUGCGGUGCCAACAUCGAGGCUGAGGACGAAAAAGAUAGCACUUCGCUUCACCAGGCCGCCAAAGGCGGACGUACAGAAAUUGUGCAACUACUGCUCGACCGCGGUGCCAAUAUCGAGGCCACACAAAGGGACGGAACUUCGCUUCACUAGGCGGCCAGAGCCGGGCAUAUACACACUGUGCAGCUACUGCUCGACCGUGAUGCCAACAUCGAGGCCAAGGAAGUGGACGGUGGGACCCCGCUGCACAAGGCGGCCGAAGGCGGACAUACGGGCACCGCGCAGUUACUUCUUGACCGCCGUGCCAAAAUCGAUACUGCGGACACCGAGGGAAACACGGCACUCUUCCUGGC